AUGGAGGUGGUUUCUUUUCCUAGAUUUACAACAGAGAAAAGAUCAUCUAGUAUUGGUGGCCCUGUACCCUAUGGUCCUUGGGGUGGAAGUGGUGGAACAAUAUUUGAUGAUGGCAUAUACACUGGAGUUAGGCAGAUCAAUUUAUCUCGAAAUGCUGCAAUCACCUCACUAAAAGUGAAAUAUGAUAGAAACGGGCAAGAAGUGUGGGGAAACAAGCAAGGAGGAACCGCAGGAAUCAUAACCGACAAGAUAAUAUUUGAUUAUCCAUUUGAGGUCUUGACGUAUAUUACUGGUUAUUUUGGUCCCACUAUGAUGAUAGGGCCAACUACUAUAAGAUCACUUACAUUUCACACGACAAGAAGGAAAUAUGGACCAUACGGAGAUGAGGAAGGAACAUUCUUCUCUUCUUGCUUGGCAGAAGGAAUGGUUAUAGGUUUUCAUGGAAGGAGUGGAUGGUACAUUCAUAGUAUCGGAGUUUAUGUUCUUGAAGGAAAACUAUCACUGCCUCAAACUCCUGGUGUUCUAUACAACGGAAAUGAUAUGCAGUUGGAGAUGUAUAACUAUCAGCAAUCAAACAAGCUUGUUUUUACAAGCAGGGGAAAUGAAGGGGAGGUACAAUGGGCAUCAGACAUGAAAAUGUAA